AUGCCUAGCACGUUCACCGAGCUCACAAGCCUCACCUACCUCGACCUCUCCCGCAACUACCUCACAGGCCCCAUCACGCUGCCCGCCAUCAGCAGCCUGCGUGUCUCCAGCAACUUCUUCUCCGGCCCUCUGCCGGACGGGGCAUGCCAGGCGCGCAACUUCGAUGCCAACUGCUUCACACUGCCUUCUGACUGCUCCCUGGUGGUGCAACGAAAGGAAGCAGCAUGCAAUGCGUUCUGUGGUAUCUCAUCUGCUGCGACUUCAUCCUCUGCUGAUGCAAGUGCUGCUGCUUGUGCCGGUAGAGGGAUAUGCACUCCAGACCUGGUCAGCAUGUCUGCGAGCUGUUUGUGUGAUGCAGGGUUCAUAAAGGCUGGAAGAACCUACUGCAUCUCAGAAGGCGUAAUUGUAAGCCAUUCAGUCAGCCAGCCUAUUGUUCCGCCAACAACUGCGCUCACCAAGGGGACAGUGAAGGAGACGGGAGGGAAGUUCACUGCAGCUCCAGUGACUCUGUUUGUUUUCGAGGAAGGGCAGGCCAUGUAUGGGUGUGGAGCGCAACUGGCCUUCCAGGUCAACUUCACCGUCGCAAUCUUGCCCCGAUCAGGCCCCACGGGCAGCGGAGGCUUUGCCUUUGUCAUCUCGUCAACAGACCAACUUGGAAGCGGAUCCGGUGUGGGGUAUAGUGGAAUGGACAGCCACAGCAUAGCAGUUGAAUUCGACACUCAACAAGACAAGCAGCAGGGGGACAUGCUCAACCAGCACGUGGGGCUGAACAUUCAAGGCCAGGAAAGGUCGCUAGCUGCUGUGAAGGCGCCAUUUCCUCUUAACAACAAGAAGCCGUACACGGCAUGGGUGGACUAUGAGCCUGGGGAGCCCGGCACCAUCCAGGUGUUCCUGGCUGCUUCGGAGGUGAAGCCAGUGGAGCCGCUGCUGGAGAGGAGGGUGGCGCUGUGUGAGGUGCUGCAGGCUGGAGCGGAGCAGCAGGCGUUCUUCUUUGGCUUUGUAGCGUCCACUGCAAAGCCAUUCCAGAUGCAACUUAUCCUCAGAUCAGCAAUGCACACAGGUAAGCGAUGUGUUGGUGGUGAUGCUCGUGGUGGUGGUGGUCGUCGUCGUCGUUGUCGUGGUGGUGGUCGUCGUCGUCGUCGUCGUCGUGGUGGUCGUCGUGGUCGUCGUGGUCGUGGUCGUGGUGGUCGUGGUGGUGGUCGUGGUGGUGGUCGUGGUGGUGGUCGUGGUGGUCGUGGUGGUGGUGGUGGUCGUCGUCGUGGUCGUGGUCGUGGUGGUGGUGGUGGUGGUGGUGGUGGUCGUCGUCGUCGUCGUCGUGGUGGUGGUGGUGGUCGUCGUGGUGGUCGUGGUCGUGGUGGUCGUGGUGGUCGUGGUGGUGGUGGUGGUGGUCGUGGUGGUGGUCGUGGUGGCCGUGGUGGUUGUGGUCGUGGUCGUGGUCGUGGUCGUGGUCGUGGUCGUGGUCGUGGUGGUGGUGAUGGUGGUGGUGGUGGUGGUGGUGGUGGUGGUGGUGGUGGUGGUGGUGGUGGUGGUGGUGGUGGUGGUGGUGGUGGUGGUGGUGGUGGUGGUGGUGGUGGUGGUGGUGGUGGUGGUGGUGGUGGUGGUGGUGGUGGGGUGGUGAUUGGUCCCUUCAUGCGCUACAUGAGUGUGGACUACCAAGAUGCGAGUUGGGCAUAUGCGGUGGUGGCGAGUGUGGAGGCGGCAUACGGCAUUGCACUGAACCAGGAGGCUCCACAGCUGUCAGUGGACUCGCUCUUUGCAGCAAUGGGGCUCACCUCCCCUGCUGCCAAGUGCACCACAGGAAACUCCCCUGCUGCUGCCUUUGAAAAGCUCCUCACUCUACUACGUGGUGGAUUUAUGGGGUUUACCAAUUCGGGUGUUGAGCGCACACAGUUCAAGGGGUAUGUGGGGCUCAUGCUGGCAGUGCGGCGGCAGCCAGUGGUGGUUCACAUCGAAGCCUCUGCCUCCACAUUCGUACAAUAUGAUGGGAGCGUUAAGUACCAAGACCCUGUUUGCUACACUGGCAACCUGAACCAUGCUGUUCUCGUUGUUGGGUACCUAAUUUCAACAAAUGAUGACAGUCAAAGCUCCAAUGUUCCACCUUAUUGGAUCAUCCGCAACUCGUGGGGAGUGGAGUGGGGCGACAGGGGCCACAUGCGCAUGGACAUUCAGGGAGGGGAUGGCGUGUGUGGCAUCAACGUGCUGCCUGGCAUCUACCCUAUUGUCAAGAUUCCCAAGGAUCUUUGCGGCCAAAAGAGCUACAAGGGCGUUGGGGACCUGCAGCCUAGUAUGAACCCGUGUGGUCGCUUCACAUGCAAGCCAAAUGCAAAGGCCAACACCAACGCCUGCGACUGCACCAUACCUAACCAGGCCACACAACCCUUCGUUGAGGUGGCAAACGGAUUAGGCUCCAACACAUGUGCAUACGUUGACAUGUGCGGUUCUUAUCCUAUGAACCCCUGCGCUGUGGGCACAUGCGUGAAUGAUGGCAAGGGCGCCUACUCCUGCAUCUGCCCUCCCAACUACAUAGAGAGCAGGACCGUUUACAACUCCUCCACCUGUGAUCCUGCCAACACCACAGCAACUACUUUGACGGUCACCGGUGCUAACUGGUGGUGCUCCGACAUCCUUUCUGCAACCGGUCUUUCCUUGGCUAGCCUUCCACAGCAAACCAUGGGUGACAGCUGUUCCUCUAUCAGCACCCAGCUUGGAAUCUCAUCGAUUUAUCUUAUCUCUCUCAAUCCCAGCCUCGACUGCUCUAAGCCCAUCAAGGCAGGCCACUCUCUGUGCCUCGAGCGCAACGCCACCUUCGCCUUCACCACCCCUAAGUGCUUGCAGUACGGCAUGCUCACAGCACAGGACACGUGUGAGGGCCUGCUGCAGGAGGCCUUGGAGUCUAGUGAGGAGGAACCUGAGGGGCCGGUAGCAGUGACUGCAGACAGCUGGAUUGAGCUCUACCGGAACAAUCCCGGCCUCAUCUGUCCCCGCACAAUUCCUGCAUCCAGCGCCACUGUUGCCAGUGUGAACAGCGUGCAGACUACGAGUCCCUGA